CAACCAAUCGUCGCGCCUCCCCUCGCGCCGCACGACGGCCGCAGACUCUUUGAACGGCCAGCAGCUCAGCAGCAUCCAGGAAGGAACCUAUCGCCACCAUGACCAAGGAGUACACGCUGGACGAGAUCCGCCGCCUGGCCGACACCAACCCGGAGAAGCUGGCGCAGGAGUACCAGGCCUCGCGUGCCGCCACCGCCAACCUGGUGGACCGCGCCCGCGCUGGUAUCGCCGCCCGUUCGGCCAACCCUCCCACCAACAAGUUCAACGCCUGGGCCCAGGGCUACGGCAACCGCUUCAUCUACAACGGCAGCAUUAAGCCGCUUGCGCACAUGAUGCUCAUCGUGGGCGGCGCUGGCUGCGCUGUUGAGUGGUGGUGCCACCACAGACACGCUUUCGCUGAAAAGAAGGACGAGCACCACUAAGUGGAUGCUCUCUGUUCUUUUCAAGCGGCUACGGCUGUGAAGCUACUGGAUCCGCAGUGCCAGGUUGUUUCUACUGAUAAAAUGAGAGAGCCUAUUGCAGGAGACAGGAAAUUUGCAGACGCAGGCAAGGCGGACGAGGUGAAGCCAGUCAGUUAGUGACCAUCUAUGCUAGCCAGCUAGCAAAACCUCUGAGUGAAAAAUGACGCGUUGCGUAAAUAAGAAACCCCACGCCUGAAGCCAAUCAAGCUACGACCACAGGCGCUGUGGCGUGUGUUGUAUUGUGGGAACAUUGAUCUCUAUCUCUGCAACG